AUGCCUGCCGGAAAGCGAUUUUGGCGUCAACUGCGUAACUUGGCCGACACUAUUGAACUAGACAUGCAUUGCCCACGCGCUCAUUGCCCGCCUGGCCACAGGUCACCCUCAUCUACCACAAUUACCACCACAGCCGAUGAUGGGUUACUUCCAGUCGUACGCCCCCACCCAGUCCGCGGAGCCCCAUAUUCAUCACAUCCAUUGCCGACACCUCUUCCGCCGCCUAACCGGCUUGCCGAGAUGCCUAGAUUACACCGCCUUAGGGCCACGCGAACGAGACAUGCACGUCGUCUUACCCCAAAACCUCCGGGUGAUGUACUUGCUAAAGCCUGGUCUUUGUUACAGAGUACUUGGCGCAAUCGACCUGUGCUUUUGGCACAGGCUGCAUCUCUGGUAAACACUCUCCAAAAGCCCUUUUCUGGUUUCGAAGAGGUGGGUUUAGGAUUCCUUUCCAUUUGGGAAAAUGUUUUAUAUCGUAUUAUUUAA